GACAGCGCAUUAUAAAUUGCCACUCGAUGUUACCACUUGAGAUUGAUGGUAUUGACAGCAUCUGUUGCUUUAAUUUUCUCUGCUUGAAGUGUUGCUUGUCUGCCAGUAUUGUGUAAUUGCUCCGUCUUACUGCUGAGAUGAUUGCCAUGUAAACAAACCGGAUUUGAGCCCUUCGUUCUUUCCACGCGAUGGCGAAUAUCCAGCCUUUGAAUAACGGAAGGAACAUCAUCCGUCGGCUUUGGCAUUGCAUUCAUUACAGCGAUUGAAAGAUUCCAGCAACGGCAUGGCUUCUUCAACUACUAUUGCUCCAUUGCCACCUGAAGUUGUUGCCCAGAUAAAAUCCUCCGUCUCCAUCACAUCGGUAAAUGGGGUUAUCAUUCAGCUACUGAAAAAUUCCCUUGAUGCCUCAGCAGGAAAGGUCGAUGUUCAGGUUGACUAUGGUCAUGGCAGCUGCAUAGUCGAAGAUGAUGGGCUGGGUAUAGCACCAGCCGAAUUCCAACCAGCUGGCGGGUUGGCAAAACUUCAUCAUACCUCCAAACAUGGCAGUGAUACUGAAACGCAUGGCACCCAAGGCUGUUUCCUGGCUUCUCUUGCAGCGCUGUCAUUGCUGUCUAUCACUUCGCAUCACCAUCUGCACCGCUCGCAUAAUUCUAUGAGCUUGUCCAGAUCCCAGGUUAUAUCUCGUCAAACCCCGGCUCCUGAGGCACAGCAUUUAGUGUCAUUAAACCAUGGCACCCGUGUUACAGUGCGGAACCUCUUUGGUGACAUGCCGGUCCGGGUCAAACAGCGUGCUAUUGAGAAUGCAGAGUCGUCAAGAAAUCCGAAAGACUGGGACUCGCGUCGAAAAGAAGUCACGGCCUUGAUAUUAUCAUGGCAGGGUCCGAUUUCUGUGACCAUAAAAGAGCUUGCAUCCAAUACUAAGUUGCGAACUUUGCGCAUAAGUUCAAGGCGCAGGGAUAUCAAUGACGAUGGUGCUCUGAUAUCACAUAUUUGCAGCACUCUCGCACAAGCGUCUUUCAUUCCUUCAGUGGACACGUCGUCUUGGGUGUCUGCAAGCGGUUCUACAUCCACAGUGAGCAUCAGAAGCGGAAUUUCACUUGAUCCUGCACCCACCAAAGGCAUUCAAUUCAUGUCUUUUGGGAUACACCCUUUGAGCAACAAAGAUGGACGCAAUAUUUUGUUUGAAGAGGUUAAUCGUCUUUUUGCCAAUUCAUCAUUUGGUAUAGUGGAUGACCUUCCCCAGCUGGAUGAGACGGAGAAGAAGAGAAGGGCAGAGGACAGGCGAUAUAAAAGCGAUGGUUUUACCAACAAGGAGCUGAAGGGGUCUGGAAAGGGGGUCGACAGAUGGCCAAUGUUCUACAUGAGGAUCGAUAUUCAUGGGCCUACACUGAACCACGACCCCGUUGAAGAUGUUUUUGACGAUGAGAAAACGCUCACUUCCAUUACGAAGUUACUGCAGGCUGUCAUUGUGGAGUUUCUCCUGAGCAACAACUUUACUCCCAAGUUUAUCCGACCUCCUGGCUCGCCGUCCAAGCGCAAAGCUGAAAGCAGCGAAGUUGACAUAGGUGGGCUGCAGCCAUCAGGCUCUGCUCAAGCUGUUUACGAUAUGCCUGGAUCUCGUCCGCAGAGUCCAGCGAGUGUUGCCGCAAGCUCACCCAAGAAAAGGGCAAUCACCAAACUUCCGACAAGGAACUCAAGUCCUCGUCCAUCAUCGCCGUUUGAUAUAUGGCCUAGGGUCAAAAGUGGAAGGGUUCCAGCGCUUGUCAAGACGUCAAAGAGAGAAUUAUCCAAUGUCGACGACGGAUUUCAAGCAGCAAAAGGCGCCCAGGCUUCAAAGCAUGCUCCGGCGGGACCAAAAGGGGUCGGAAAGGAUUCUGCUUCUAAGAUAGAGAAGCCUAUAUUGCGCAGGGCGACUCCGCAAAUUUCGAAAUCAGGCACGGUAUCCCAGCUGCCUUUCAUGGACGUGGCAAAGCCAACCAGGCGACCUGCAAACCCCCCCAAAAAAGAAGUGCCUAUCAGCGAAUCUCCUUCUCCCGGUAUAGAGAAAGACGAACUUGUCCCUUGGACAGACCCAACUACAAAGGAAAACUGUUUCGUCAACAUGCGCACUGGCUUGGUACAGCAAACCCCCAAAUUGAGCAGCAAGCCUACUUCAGAGACACGCUAUGGACUCCAAACACUCGACAGAAAGUACGGUCCAACAGCACACGACACACCCACCCAACCCCACCAACCAAGAACCUGGCUCAACAGCAUCCUCACCAACUGGAAUAACCCCGUCUUCCCCCCCGCCGAACCCCCCAUCCCCCAAAUCCAACCCGACUGGACCGACACCCACACCCAGAGCAUCCUGCACGGCCACCACCACACCUGCACUCAAGCAGCCAUUGGCCCUUCCUUCCAGGUCAGCGCCACCAGCUCCACCGGUCGCCUCUCGAAAUCGGGACUCCAGCGCGCUCGCGUCAUCGCGCAGGUCGAUCGCAAGUUCAUACUUGCACGGAUGCCAGCUGCUGCUGCGUCUACGGAUGGUAAAGUGGGUGGGGAGGAUAUGCUCGUUAUUAUCGAUCAGCACGCUGCUGAUGAGCGGUGUCGCAUCGAAGCGCUGAUGGCGGACUUCUGCCUGCCGCCUUCACCGUCGCCGGGACUGGGGCAUGAUGAGCUGGUCCCUGGUGUCCGUGUGGAGAGGCUGGAGAAGAACAUCGUCUUUGAAGUCCCGGCGGCGGAAUCAGAGUUGCUGGAGCGCCAUCGACAGCAUUUUGCGGAUUGGGGCGUACUGUAUUGCAUUCGCCCCCCGAACCCGCCGGGGGAGGGAAUGGAUAAAGUCAUACUUACGGCUUUACCGCCUGGGAUCGCGGAGAGGUGCCGCCUGGAUUCGAAGAUGGCUAUUGAACUUGUCCGGCGCGAGGUGUGGGGGUUUGAUGGAAGGGGUGGUGCUGGGCCGUCACGUCAGGUUCGGGGAAAUGGAGGCGCAGAGCAGAUUGAUGGUGGGGAAGAAGCUACCCCAGAUUGGGUGGCGCGCAUGCAGGGUUGUCCGGCGGGGAUAUUAGAGAUGCUGAAUUCGCGUGCUUGUCGCGGAGCGGUGAUGUUUAAUGAUGUUCUUGAGCCGCGGGAGUGUGAGAGGUUGGUGCGGAGGUUGGGGGGGUGUAAGUUUCCGUUCUUGUGUGCGCAUGGGAGGCCGAGUAUGGUGCCGCUUGUUGGGGUUGGGGAGGGUGUUGGUGGGAUGGAGAGGGGAGGUGAGGUGGGGGAAAAGAAGGGGGGGAAUGGAGAUGGGGAUGGGGGAGGGGGGUUUGGGAAGGCGUUUAGGAUGUGGAGGGGUGAAGGGGGGUAG